CAAUCACUCAGCUGCAUGGACACUGUAACACUGCUCUCUUCAAGGCUCUCUUGACAUGAACACCAUGACACAGAACCAAGCGCUGCUCAGUUGUGCUUACCUGACGGUUUAGUUUUGUACUUUUAACGACUUGAGGGAGCAAAUGAUCAUGACAGAGUCCGUAUGGAAGAUGAUGAGGGCGAAGCUGGUGGUGCUGGGGAGAGAUAACUGUGGAAAGACAGCAUUGUGUGUCAGAUUCAUCACCAAGCGUUUCAUUGGAGAAUAUGAACAUAAAAGGGAGGUUACCUACAGGUGUCAGAAAAUGGUGGACAAAGAGCCGAUUGAGCUGGAGAUUUUAGACACUGUUAAUAAGAAGCGCGUAGGACCUGCUUCCUCUCUGGAAAGCUCCAUUAAAUGGGGUGACGGGUUUCUAAUUAUGUAUUCCGUCAUGGAUCGUAGCAGUUUUGACGCUGUGUCAUGCCUUAAGAGACUGACUGACCACGUUAAAAAGACGCUCGGUAUACCAACGGUCAUUGUAGCCAAUAAAUGCGACAUGGAGUAUGGACGAGUGGUGAGGACAGAUGAGGGACAGGCUUUGGCCUCAGAUCUAAGGUGCAGUUUCUUUGAGCUGUCUGUAGCAGAGGACACUUCUGCAGUGGAGGAUGCAUUAGGACAGCUGGUGCGUGAAGUGCGUCUGGAGUUUCAGCACCACUUGCUGGCUAUGGACAAGAGAUCACGAAUGCUCCAGAUGAGACAUGCACUCAAAAACAGACUCACAAGGAGUAAAACCAUGCAGUGGUGACCAGAAGGACUAAAUGCAAUUAGCAAAUCUGACAUCUGUAUCCACUACAGUAGUGCUCACAUCUAUCAUGACAAUCAGAGAGGAUCCAAUGGAUCCAGUGUCUUAUGGAUUCCCAAAUCACUUCACUUUUAUUGUCACACAACCAUAUACACAAGUGCAAUAGUGGGUGAAAGUCUUGGGUGUAGUUCCGAUCAACAUAUCAUUCGUGCGUGUGCGUUUAUGGCAGACAGCAUAAAGCCGCAAAAUGUAGCAGUGUUUUUAAAGAUGCAGUGCGUAAUUUCUGUGCCACUAAGCACCAAAAGAAAUUGCAAAAAUAAUGACAAACAACCCAUUGCAUUGUUCAUAAAACAGGUAGUUUCUAGUUUUGUAACCCACUUAUUUAUGUGUGAGUCAUGUAGGCCUUUGCUGAUUUGCCGGUGCUGGGGUAAUUCUGAUGGCUUGUCAAGUAAUAGGUCAUGCCUAAAAUGGCAAAUGAUGUGCAUCAUGGCAGAAGAUCUGUGUAUUAUGAUGUUUCAAUGCUCAUUUAAUCUAGUUUCAGUCUCCAUGAGUGUGAAAUAUCAAGAGGGAGUAGAACAAGUUGUCUUUUGACAUUCUGCAGUGUGAAUGUGAAUGAGACUAAAUCCACUUUGUAAUUAGAAUAAAAUGUUUUCAAAAUAGUAUAAUAGGUUACAUUACAAUCUAUAGUGUAACGCCUAUCAUUGUUAUAAGUAUUUUUGUUUUUGUGCAUGUAUUAUUAAAAUGUAUAUUAGUGUGACAAUGAAAAAACAUCCAAUCACUUCACUUAGAUGAUGUCCAAACCCCAUGUCCUGGGAGAAAAACAGAAAUGAAACCCUGAAAUGAAACAAUUUAUUUUACAAUUUUAUUUAGCAAAAAUGGUAAAAAUAAAUAAAUACAAAUUGAUCAAAUGCUCCAGCAGUAUCCAACCUCCUCAGCAGAAAGAAAUUCAUGAAGUUAUAUAUUCAAAUAACUUACACAUGGAUUCUAUGAGAAAAGGCAAACAGACAUCAGGCAACACACAAGAUCAACAAAUAAAACAUACAAAGUGUAAAAAACAAAAAAGAAAAAAAAAGUGAACAAAGGAGCAAUACACAUCCUUUUCUAAAACUAUUAUGAAAUAAUCUAAAUACUUUUAUACAACAAAUUAAAGUAAAUUGUGUUUUUAAUUUAUCAUUUAGGACACAAUUUAGGAUUAAGCACUGACAAUUAUGUUGCAAUAAUCUAUCCUUGAUUUGACUUGAGGGUUUAAUCAACCUGAAUGAGGUAACGGCAUGAGGUGUAAGACUGAAUCUUCAUAAGCAUUAUCAUGCUUAUCUUGACUUGAACAAAAGCCUGAGCUCUCAGUAAACACUAUAACGUCCGAGGAAAUCAGAUUUCACACACUAAAGGACACAACACCCAAUUCUCAUGUGUAAGUAACAUGAAUGUGGAAACAAUAGAUCUCAUCAGAGAACAUCUGCCACUGAACCACUCUCAGUCCUAUUAGCCACAUCUGGCAUUAGGAUUCUUGGCCCUAGGAGAAUGGGAGAUGACAUUUACAAACGUCACAUCUGAUGAGCUUUGAUGUUCAGGGAUCUUUCUUUUUAAUGCACUAGAAAAGCAGAAUUCCACUAAACCACUGAACAGAAUGCAGUUUGAGAAAUGUUUCUCUAGAUGUUGCUUUGGAAUUUUUGCAAGUGUAAAGAAUGUGUGAACAAUUAUGUGAUUCUACUGAAAUA